GUAUUGUUCGCUUCCGUUCUGUAAUCGUUCGUAAAUCUAUUCAGAUUUUGUGGUUGCGUGUUUUUUAUCUACGUAAUGGCAACAAAACGUAAAAAUGUUGUAGUGACAAUGGAAAAGGAACUAGAAGCAUUAGGUAGAAUUGAUAAAGGCGAAUCUUUAAAAACAAUUGCAGCAUCAUAUUAUGGUGUCGGUACAUCUACAGUAUCGGAUUGGAAGAAAAAUAGAACUAAAAUCGAAGAAUUUUGUUUCAAAAUGAUAACAAAAGACAGUUUGGACAAUCGGUGCAAAGUUAAUAAAGCUAAAAAUGAGACUCCCGACGACGCUUUGUAUGUGUGGUUUUGUGCGGAACGCGAACGUGGUUUACCAGUGUCUGGACCAAUUAUUCAAGAUUCAGCACUCAAGCUGAAUAAAAUGUUGCCUGAUUGUGAACCAAAUUUCACUGCGAGUCAAGGUUGGCUGGAUAGAUGGAAAAAGCGUCAUGGAAUACGCCAACUAUCUGUAAGUAUACCGUAUAUUUUAUUAAUUUUUACCAUUUUCUCCGGCUAACCCGGAUCGGCCGCGGUCCCGAUUAAUCCGAGUUAACGAGGUUCCACUGUAUU